AUGGGGAUUCUUCUCUUCUAUCUUCCUUUGAUUUGGCUGUCUUCUUCUUCUCCUUCUCAUGCUCUUCAACAAAGCUUUGUGGAGUGCUUUAGUUCUUAUUCUUCACCUCAAUCAAUACCCAUUUCUAAAGUGGUUUUCACAAAUGAAAGUGCUUCCUUUUCCUCUCUCUUGCACCAAUCCAUAAGAAAUCUAAGGUUUCUCAAUACUUCUUCUAAACCAUUGUUCUUGGUGACCCCAUUUCAUGAAUCACAUGUUCAAGCCGCAGUCGUUUGCGCCCAGAAGAAGGGUUUGCAGCUCCGAGUAAGGAGCGGUGGACAUGACUACGAAGGCCUUUCUUACGUAUCAUCACAAUCUCAAUUCAUCGUUCUUGAUCUUACCAACCUCCGCUCCAUCGAUAUCGACAUCGAGACCGAAACUGCCUCCGUGGAGACCGGCGCCACGCUCGGCGAGUUAUACUAUAGAAUAGCUGAGAAAAGCCUCAUCCAUGGGUUCCCAGCAGGAAGCUGCCCCACAGUAGGGGUAGGAGGGCAUAUAAGUGGAGGAGGCUUUGGAACCCUCUUCAGAAAACAUGGCCUUGCAGCUGAUAACGUAAUCGAUGCUAAAAUUGUGGACUUCAAUGGAAGAAUCAUGGACAGAAACGCCAUGGGAGAGGAGCUUUUUUGGGCCAUAAGAGGCGGUGGAGGAGCAAGUUUUGGAGUGAUUCUAUCAUGGAAGCUCAAGCUAGUUUCUUUACCACCAAAACUCACAAUUUUCCACGUUCAAAAAACUCCCAAACAAGGCGCAAUUCAGCUCUUCCAAAAAUGGCAAAGAAUUGCAUACAAACUCGAUGAAGAUCUCUUCCUUCAUGUCACCAUAGGCGUUCAAGAACAAACAAUUUCCCUUUCAUUUGUGGCAUUGUUUCUUGGUCCAAUUGAGAAGCUCAUACCACUUAUGAACACCCAAUUCCCAGAAUUGGGAUUGCAAAGAGAAAACUACACUGAAUUGAAUUGGAUUCAAUCAAUUCUGUUCUUUGCUGGCUUCCCUAUACAAACCCCACCUCAAAUUUUGCUUAAAAAAUCACUUUCCAAUGCGUUUUUCAAAGCAAAAUCGGAUUUUGUGACAUACCCAAUUCCUCAAAAUGGGUUGGAAGGGCUUUGGAAUAAGGUGUUAGAAGAAGAAGGAUCAUACUUGAUUUUGACACCAUAUGGAGGAAAAAUGAGCCAAAUUUCUUCGUUGGAAACCCCUUUUCCUCAUAGAAAAGGGAACAUUUUUGGGAUUCAAUAUAUGGUGAGUUGGGAAAAUGGUAGUGAAAGCUACAAGCAUUUGAGUUGGAUAAGGGAGGUUUAUGCAUAUAUGGAACCCUAUGUUUCAAAGGAUCCAAGAGGUGCUUAUUUGAACUAUAGAGAUCUUGAUUUGGGGAGGAAUUAUGGAAGAAAUGUAAGGUAUGAAGAGGCUAAAGUGUGGGGUUUGAAGUAUUAUAGAAGUAAUUUUGAGAGAUUGGUGAGGGUUAAGACCAAAGUUGAUCCUUUCAAUUUCUUUUGGAAUGAACAAAGCAUUCCUCCGUCCCUCUACCGUUCUUAAAGGCGUCUCGUUUUUGUAAUAAAGGCAAAUCAAAGAGAUG